GCAACAAAAGUAUCAGGCCAUCUACUUUGCCACAUCAUCGCCACAAGCACUGAUCCGGGCAGUCGGCGCACUUACAGAUUUGAAGCCUUGCAUGAUGGGAUCUGUAACUGGGAACGCUCAGGGCUAUUCUGUCCCGAACGAGGCCCAGAGGAUCUUCGAGGACGGCAUCUUGAACAAUCCACUCGUCCCGGCUCUGCCACAAGAGAUUAAGGAUGCCGGAAAGCUCGUAUCAUUUUCAGGCAACGACCAGCCUACCAUUCCUAUCAAUUGGCGUUUCGCCGAGAGUGCGGCUGCUCUGACCGCUUUUCAAGCCUCGAUGCUGAACGUGCUCAGGAUCAGGAAGUUCAAAGACCAAUGUCAGCUGUCCAAGGUCGAAAUCAAUACAGAUCAUGCUUCAUUGUUCUUCAUGUCGCCAUUCCUUACCAAGGUUGUAGAGGACGGUGAACCGAAGACAUUCCCAAUGAGCGACACGAAGACCAUCGAGAGCAAGUAUGGCAUAAAGAACACCGAUCUCCACAAGGCCAACGCAUCGAUCCAGAGAGUACUUGCCACCAACAUCUAUAAAACUAAGGAUGGCCGCUUCUACCAUACUCACGGCAGCAUGAAUCCGGAACCAACCCAGACCGCGCUCGGUGCUGCCCUUGAAGGCGCUGCGGACGAUAAGUAUGAAGACGUCGCAGCUCGUUUCCAGGAACUCGUUGGAAAGCUAGAUUCGGCUGAGCUCGAUACCCUGAUGAACGACAAGUAUCGCCAGGCGGGGACGAUUGCCUACACCAGUGAAGAAUUUUGGAAGACUGAGCAUGGCAAGGCAAAUGCGCACGUUGGACUUUAUGAACUGGAGAAGUCAGAGACUCACGCCCAGCCCGCGUCUUGGUGGCCGGAGAAUGAUUCGAUGCCAUCAUCGCCAAGCAGGCCUCUCGCCGGGCUGAAGAUCGUGGAUCUGACCAGAAUUAUUGCCGCGCCGACCAUUUCACGAUGCCUUGCGGAGAUGGGUGCCAGCGUGAUGCGUGUUACCUCACCACACGUCACCGAUAUGUCCGGAUUGCAUCAAGAUCUCAACUGGGGAAAAUGGAACACUUCUCUGCAUUUGAAGAAUGAAGAAGACCGGUUGAAGCUCGUCGAGCUCAUCAAGGACGCCGAUGUCGUGGUCGAGGGAUACCGACCCUCCGUUAUGGAGAAGUACGGCCUAGCGCGAGAAGACAUCUUCAAACUGGUCAAGGAUCGUGGUCGCGGCAUCAUCCAUGUGAAGGAGAACUGCUACGGUUGGAAUGGACCGUGGCAGGGUAGAAGUGGAUGGCAGCAGAUCAGCGAUGCGUGCUGCGGUGUAUCACUGGCGUAUGGAAAGGCGAUGGGACUUGACGAAGCCGUGACUCCUGUCUUCCCAAACUCUGACUACUGCACUGGCCUCAUCGGCGCAACGUCCGUGCUCCACGCACUUAUCAAACGAGCCGAAGAAGGCGGAUCCUACGGAGUCAAUGCAUCGCUGAACUACUACUCCCAAUGGCUCAUCCGCUCAGUCGGUGAGUAUCCGACCAGCAUUUGGCGAGAAGUCUGGAGCCGCCACGGAUCUCCUCAAUUUCACAACUACCACGCCAUGUCGUAUUCGAUCCCAGUCAUGCUCGGCCUUCUCCACGAGUACGACGAGAAAGUGCUGUUCAAUCCGGACUUCUUCGAGGAGAAACACUCCAAAGCUUUGGGCUUGACGUUCGUGCAGCCAAAGCCAGUGGCUCGCUUCGAGGCCGAGGUGGAGCUAAAGUACAACGUGGGAACCAGAGGCAAUGCCGUUGACCAGCCGUAUUGGCCAAAGGAUUUGAGCGUGGAGGUGGUAGCAUGA